GAAAUUGAAUUGGUUUGGUCGAUUGUCCGUGUCACUGAAAGGCUGAAAGCUCGCGUUUAGAGGGUUUAGAAGAGAUAUACAGAGAGUGUGAGCUUUGAGCUGGGGGGGGGGGAAAGGAACGAUUCAGGUUGAGAGGCGAUGUUGAUGAUAAGGAGUGCCAAAGCUUUGAGAUCUGCUCGGCCUCGAUUCACGAAGACAGCAGGUACCCUGAGAACUUCUUUAUUUCACAACAGCGAACGAGGCUUUUCUAGCAGCGAUAGGAACCUCUCUUACAAAGAGAGAUUGAGAAAUGGGAUUGUUGGUAUCAAGAAAGAUGAUGCUGUUGCCCUCUUUCAAACGAUGAUUGAGUCUCGUCCUCGUCCUACGGUCAUAGAUUUCAAUAGAUUGUUUACUGCAUUGGCCAGAACAAAACAGUAUGACCUCGUGUUGGAUCUCUGCAAGCAAAUGGAACUGCAAGGGAUUGCACAUAACAUCUACACUCUGAGUAUUGUCAUCAAUUGCUUCUGCAGGAGUCGUAAACUCGGUUUUGCUUUUUCUGCUAUGGGAAAGAUUUUGAAACUUGGGUACGAGCCUGACACAGUCACAUUUUCAACUUUGAUUAACGGUUUAUGUCUCGUGGGUACAGUCUCCCAAGCUGUGGAGUUAGUUGAUCGUAUGGUGGAAAUGAAGGUUAUUCCAAACAUCAUCACGCUCAACACUAUUGUCAAUGGUCUUUGUCUCCAAGGUAAAGUGUCUGAAGCGAUGGCUUUGAUCGAUCGAAUGAUGGAUAAUGGAUGCCAACCCGAUGGAGUUACCUAUGGCCCUAUUUUGAACAGAUUGUGCAAGUCUGGGAACACUGCCUUGGCCAUGGAUCUGCUCAGAAAGAUGGAACAUAGAAAGAUCAAGCUCGAUGUAGUCACAUACAGUAUGGUUAUCGAUAGUCUUUGCAAAGACGAGAGCCUCGAAGAUUCACUCAGCCUUUUUAAUGAAAUGGAAACCAAAGGGAUCAAAGGAAAUGUCAUUACCUACAACUCUCUCAUAGGAGGCUUCUGUAAUGCCGGCAGAUGGGAUGAUGGUGCACAGUUGCUGAGGGAUAUGAUAGAAAGGAAAAUCACCCCCAACGUUGUCACUUUCAAUACUUUGAUUGAUAGUUUUGUGAAAGAGGGAAGGCUUUCUGAGGCUCAAGAAUUGUACAAUGAGAUGAUCACAAGAGACAUAGAGCCUAACACCAUUACAUAUAGUUCUUUAAUAUACGGGUUGUGCAUGGAGAAUCGCUUAGAUGAAGCCAACCAGAUGCUGGAUUUGAUGGUUAGCAAGAGAUGCGAUCCUGAUAUCGUGACGUAUAAUAUCCUUAUCAAAGGGUGUUGUAAGGCUAAACUGGUUGAUGAAGGUAUGAGACUUUUCCGCAAAAUGUCUAUGAGAGGAUUGGUUGCAGAUACAGUCACUUAUAGCACUCUCAUCCAAGGGUUUUGUCAAUCUGGAAAACUUAAUGAAGCCAAAGAACUCUUCCAAGAGAUGGUCUCUAUUGGUGUGCAACCCAGUGUUGUCACCUAUGGUAUUUUGCUGGAUGGGUUGUGUGACAAUGGAGAACUAGAAAUGGCAUUGGAUAUACUUGAAAAGAUGCACAAGUGUAAGAUCGAUCCUGGUAUUUGUAUAUAUUCUAUCAUCAUUCACGGGAUGUGCAAUGCUAGUAAGGUCGAUGAUGCUUGGGAUCUAUUCUGUAGCCUCCCUCUCAAAGGAGUGAAGCCCGAUGUCAAGACGUACACGGUAAUGAUUUCAGGAUUGUGUAAGAAAGGGUCACUGCCUGAAGCAAGCAUGUUGCUUAGAAAAAUGGAGGAAGAUGGGAUUGCGCCAAAUGAUUGUACAUACAACACACUAAUCCGAGCUCAUCUCAGAGGCAGUGACAUAUGCACCUCAGUUGAACUCAUCGAAGAAAUGAAGGGGUGUGGCUUCUCUGCAGAUGCUUCCACCAUGAAGAUGGUUAUGGAUAUGUUAGUGGAUGGUGGAUUGGACAAAAGCUUUUUGGAUAUGCUUUCUUAGAAUGUUUGGUUCUUAUCUGCCAGAGACAAAGUCCGGGAUAAUAAUAUAUGAGAUUUAUCAAAAUGGGAGGCUGGGGAGGAAAAGGAGACGGUGGUGACAGCGUGUGGUGAAGAAGAGGGAGAAACAGCUUGGUUUGCCUUUUUCUCUUCUCUUUCUUUUGAACUGUGAGUUUGUCACUCAGGAUGAUAGUUAUAAUCGAUUUCCAGUUGUAGAUCGAUUCGAGUUCUUGUGGGUGUUUGAAGACAGGUUUGAGAUGUUCUAAAGUAGUAUGUUGACUCCAUUUAAAAAAUGAAUGGUUGUGUUUUGA